AUGCGUCCACGUGGGGCAUCUACGUCUUCCUCGGACACUGUAAUAACUUCCGUUUUCACUUCAGAUCGAUCUCAAAAUUUUGAUCGCAAAUCAGGCGGAGAAAACAAUAGGCGGCGUGCGGCGAUGGAAGCUCACGGCUCCGGUCUCCGGCGAGUUCUGUUGUUGUCGUUCUGUGUCGCCGGGAUCUGGGCCGCUUACAUUUACCAAGGCGUUCUCCAGGAGACCCUAAAUGUAGCUGUUAAGAAGCUGAAAUUUCUAUCAAAGGACUCAAAUUUUCCGUUUGAAAUCAGGUCGACGAAGAAAUUUGGGGAAGAUGGGAAGAGAUUUGAGCAUCUUGCAUUUCUGAACUUGGCUCAGAAUCUGUGGUCCAAUGGAGGUAGUGGUGGAGCACCAUGGUGGACAUACUGGAGUGCUGGCAUUACUAAUACAAUUGGUCCUGCCAUGGGCAUUGAAGCUCUCAAGUAUAUCAGUUACCCAGCUCAGCUAAACCGUCUCCGAGUUAUGCUGAUGGGUUCCUUAGUUUAUGGCAUAAGAUACAGUUUGCCUGAGUAUCUCUGCACCUUUCUUGUUGCGGGAGGAGUCUCCAUGUUUGCCCUUCUUAAGACAAGCUCGAAGACCAUCAGCAAGUUAGCAAAUCCGAAUGCCCCACUUGGUUACGGGCUUUGCUUCUUGAACCUUGCGUUUGAUGGAUUCACAAACGCUACCCAGGAUUCCAUUACCGCAAGUGAGUGUAAUCAAUCGCCGUACAUGGAUACAUACAGGUACCCCAAAACUAACGCAUGGGACAUAAUGUUGGGAAUGAAUUUGUGGGGGACCAUAUACAACAUGGUCUACAUGUUUGGGUUGCCACACGGGAGCGGAUUCGAAGCUGUGCAGUUCUGCAAGCAACACCCUGAGGCAGCAUGGGACAUUCUUAUGUACUGUCUAUGCGGCGCCGUGGGCCAAAACUUCAUCUUCUUGACAAUAAGCAGAUUCGGUUCUCUAGCUAACACGACCAUAACCACCACACGCAAGUUUGUAAGCAUCGUGGUUUCCUCAGUUCUGAGCGGGAACCCAUUGUCCUCCAAACAAUGGGGAUGUGUGUCGAUGGUGUUUGGUGGCUUGUCUUACCAAAUUUACCUGAAAUGGAGGAAGCUGCAGAGAGUGCAGAAGAAGAAAAAGACUUGA